AUGGCCAAAAACAAAUUAAGAGGGCCGAAGUCCAGGAAUGUAUUUCACAUAGCCAGCCAAAAAAACUUUAAGGCUAAAAACAAAGCAAAACCAGUAACCACUAACCUUAAUAAGAUAAACAUUAUGAAUGAAGAAAAAAUUAACAGAGUAAAUAAAGCUUUUGUAGAUGUACAAAAGGAACUUGCACAUUUCUCAAAAGGGCUUUCACUUGAACUUCUGCAGAAAGAACUGAUUCCUCAGCAGCAUCAUGAAAGCAAACCAGUUAAUGUUGAUGAAGGUACAAAAUUAAUGGCUCAGUUGUAA